AGCUUUUGUUACGAUUUGCCGUAAGUUAUAGGUUGUAGACCUUCGAAUAUUCUCAUGACUUCCAUAAUGAUCUCUCUGGCUGUAUGUCCUGGCAUGUAUUUCAUAUGGAUGGCACAGCUUGGAUGAUGGAACAUUUUUAAGGUAACAAAAGUUAUCGUUUGAGUAAUCUAGAUACGACAUUGUGGUAUCUGCUUGGUGAGAAAUGGUCUAGAGUGGAAUCGGAGAUAUUCUGUCUUCAUAUGUGAAUCAACAGGUUAUGUUGAGAGGCAAAAUUCCUAUGCUGUUUCAGUAGAUACCCAGAUGCUUGUAACUGCUAAAACCAUUUUCUGCAACCUCCAUCUGCUGGACAAGAAGUUUUCCUUCUCCAUGCAAGAAAAGAAAGGUAUAUUAUAUACCCAUUCAAAUUCAAUACCUCAUAUGAUAUGCAGAUGGAGCUAACAGUUAGAAAAGGGAGAAUAGAACAGUGCACUAAGAAAGUGGGUACAAAGGGAUGCUUUGAGAGCAAAUAUUCAAAGUGGAAGCAUUCACCGGAACAUAUGGUGUAAACUAUGGCAAGAUAGCGGACAAUUUACCAUCCCCUCGCAGUGUGGUGACACUUCUAAGAGCAGCAAAGGUAAAGAACAUCAGAAUCUACGACGCUGAUCAUGAAGUCCUCAAGGCCUUCAAAGGUUCCGGUAUAGAAAUCGUUGUUGGACUUGGCAAUGAGUACUUAAAAGAUAUGAGUGUAGCCGAAGACCGAGCAAUGAAUUGGUUAAAAGAAAACGUGGAGCCAUUCCUUCCUGGUACUCGAAUUCGCGGGAUUGCAGUAGGAAAUGAGAUUUUGGGUGGCACAGACUUGGAGCUAGGUGAAGUUCUACUUCCUGCAGCCAAGAAUGUUUACACCGCCCUUCACAGACUGAAUUUAACUCAUCUUGUCGAGGUUUCAAGCCCACAUUCGGAAGCUGUUUUCAUGAACUCUUACCCGCCAUCUGCCUGCACAUUCAAAGAAGAUGUCCUUCAAUUCAUGAAGCCGCUUCUGCAAUUCUUUUCUCAGAUUGGUUCUCCUUUUUACAUCAACGCUUAUCCAUUUCUUGCCUACAAGAAUGAUCCUCAGCAUAUUGACAUUAACUACGCUCUUUUCAAAGACAAUCCUGGGAUUCAUGAUGCAAAGACUAAUCUCCACUAUGACAACAUGUUUGAAGCUCAGGUUGAUGCAGCAUAUGCUGCAUUGGAGAAGGCCGGGUUCGAUAAAAUGGAGGUUAUAGUUUCGGAGACUGGUUGGGCCUCUCAUGGUGACCCAGAUGAAGCUGGUGCGACCUUGAAAAAUGCCAGGACUUAUAACCGAAACUUGCGAAAACGUCUGCUGAAAAAGAAGGGAACUCCUUAUAGACCAAAAACUGUUGUGAGAGCUUAUGUUUUUGCAUUGUUUAAUGAGAAUUUGAAGCCUGGACCAACUUCUGAAAGAAACUUUGGAUUGUUUAAGCCUGAUGGGAGCAUAGCAUAUGAUAUUGGCUUUACAGGCCUCGUCUCUUCUGCACCAACUUCAUCUCUUCUCUCUUUCAAGGAAAUUGUGGGUCAAGGUUGGUUUGGGUCUUCAUAUACAAUCGUUUUUAUGGUUUGUAUGGGAGUUGUUCUCCAGUUUUUAUCAUCAUGAGUUUAAACACUGCAGCUUUGUUCAAUCCAGUCCAGACAAGUUAUACACACAUACAUAUAUACAUAUAUUAAAUACGUUUACAAAUGUAAUCGUAACCCAUUUUUUUAUACUUGUUGUACUAACAGCCAUUCUUCCAUUACUUGGUAACUGAAAUUUGCUCGUGGAUUUCUUCUACUAAUGUUGUUCAGCUCUGUAUAUCAUGGUUCCUGUAAAUAAAAA